CGGCAUGUGGGCACUUUGUGGGGGCAGUCUGGAAAAAAGCAGCUCAAGAUGGACAGAACUUUGGAAUCUCUACAGCACAUCAUUUCUCAAGUCUUGCCUCACAGAGAUCCUACACUAGCAUUUAAAGACUUGAACGUUGUGGCGAUGCUUCAGGAAUUCUGGGAGAACAAGCAGAAACAGAAAGGUGUAUUUUCAAGUGAAGGCACUGUGGUAUACGAGUCACUAAACUUGCCUGGGCCUCCGUUUGUAAGUUAUGUCACCCUGCCUGGAGGAAGCUGUUUUGGUAACUUUCAGUGUUCCCUGAGUAGGGCAGAAGCACGACGGGAUGCUGCAAAAGUGGCCCUUAUCAAUUCUCUGUUCAAUGAGUUGCCUUGUCGCAGGAUCACAAAGGAAUUCAUUAUGGAGAGUGUCCAGGAAGCUGUGUCUUCCACCAGUGGUACUUUAAACGAUGCAGAUGAUCCAAGCACAAGUAUUGGAGCAUAUCAUUAUAUGCUAGAAUCAAACAUGGGGAAAACAAUGCUAGAAUUUCAGGAGCUUAUGAUUGUGUUUCAACUUCUGCACUGGAAUGGAAGCCUUAAAGCCCUGCGUGAAACCAAGUGUUCUCGGCAAGAAGUGAUUUCCUACUAUUCCCAAUACAAUUUAGAUGAACGGAUGAGAAGUCAUAUGGCACUGGACUGGCUCAUGAAAGAGCAAGAAAUUCCGGGCAUUAUAUCACAAGAGCUACAAGUGGCACUUAGAGAGCUCGAAGAAGCAAGGAAAGCUGGGCAAGAGUUGCGGUUUUACAAAGAAAAAAAAGAAAUCCUUGGCCUGGCAAUGAGUCAGCUGUACAGCGAUUCUGCAACUACCUCGUCAAAUGAUGAUCGCAUGAGCCUAGUCCUCAGUGGCUAUCGUUAGCCUACAUUUGAGAGAUGGGGUUAUAGUAUGGCUGCAUCUUGGUUAUUCAGAUCAAUAUUAAGGAACUGUUUACCCUACCUAGUAUACUGUGUAAUGUACUACCGUGUUU